CUAGCCCUUGGAGCUUGGAACCUCUGGCUCUCCAGUCCUGCACCCUUCCUGCUCUCAUUGGUUCCCCAGGAGUGGUGAGUGCCUGCUGAAGCUCUGUCUCCAGCUUUGCCUGGUGAGGCUGAUUGCAGAAUGUUGUGAGAGGCAUUUCUGGCAUCUGAAGUCUAGUGGGAAGGUCUGCAGAACAUUUGCCAGCCCUCAGUUGACUGCCUAUGGAGGGGCUUGCAGGAGAUGUCUAGCUGGCUGCUGCUUUUCUUUGAGCUUGGAAGGCAUUAAUUGACAAGAAGAAACCUUAUUUCCCCUCUCCUUUUACCAUGCUGUGUGGUAGGGUCUGAGAGGUGGGAUAGAAGACAAACACACCUGGGCUUCCAAGGAUCCUGCUUGCAGGCAAGAGGAUGGAGAACAAAGCCAUGUACAUGCACACCUUUGGGGAGAGGGAGAAUGGAUCCAUCUUUGAAGAGCCAUUUGAUGGAAAGAACCUUUCAAAACUGCACCUCUGUGAGGACAGUCCUGGCAACAAGAAGAAACCGUCAGGACCCUGCGGCCAUUUUGGAUCCUUGGCUGCCCUCAAAUACGCAGUGGUUGGCCUAUACUUGCUGGUGUUCCUGAUCCUUGUGGGUGUCUUUAUCUUGGCAGUGUCGAGACCUCAGAGCUCUCCUGAAGACCUGAAGGUGCUAACAGGGAAUGUCAAUCGAAUAAAUGAAAGCUUGAGAGAUCUUCAGCUCAAAGCGAUUUACCAGCCCAUCAAAGGAGACUUCCUGGACCAUAUCUGGCGCCUUCAAGACCUCCUGCAGAACCAUUCAGAUUCUCUCCUGGCAAUGACAGGCUCGCUUCAGAAACUGGAAGGCGUUCUCGGAAGCUUGCAGGCACAAGCCGCUCAGACAGACCGAGUUGUCACUGGCCUGCGGGACAGUCUGAACCAGCAGGGUGACAUGGUGCAAAUGGAGAUCUAUAGGCUCUCGGUGGAGGGAAACAGCAGCCUGCUGAGGCUGAAUCACCAUGAAGUCUUGCUCAAUGAGCUGGCUUCCCAUGUGGAGAGCAUGAGCGACCAGCUGACCGAGGUGGGUGGGGAAGUGGGCACCAUGAACAGAUCUCUCUCCUAUGAUGUGGGCAUCCACCAUACCCGCAUUCAGGACCUACAGGUCCUGAUCAGCAACGCCACGGAGGAUGCCCGGCAGAUGCGUCUCGUUCACAUCGCCAUGGAGCAGCAGCUCAAGCAUGAGCUGGCCAUUCUGAACAAUGUGACUGAGGACCUGAGGCUCAAGGACUGGGAGCACUCCAUCGCAUUGAGGGACAUCUCCGUCAUACAAGGGCCUCCAGGACCAAAAGGGGAUCAAGGCAAUGAAGGGAUGGAAGGCGAACCUGGCCCUCCUGGCUUACCUGGAAUGCGAGGGUUCCCUGGGGGAAAAGGGGCUGUGGGGCAACCUGGCCUCAAGGGGGACCAAGGAGAUCUUGGCGCACGAGGAUUGCCUGGCUUCCGUGGAAUGACAGGUGACCGAGGCCCAAAGGGAGAGAAAGGAGAGAAAGGAGACAGAGGUGUAGAAACAGCACCUGCCACAGUAGAAGGGAUCAUCCGUCUGGUGAACGGCUCAGGCCCCCAUGAAGGGCGAGUCGAAGUUUUCUACAGCCGACUAUGGGGGACCGUUUGUGACGAUGGCUGGGAUAAGAAGGACGGCGAUGUCGUGUGCCGGAUGCUGGGUUUCCGGAGUGCUGAAGAGGUUUACAGAAUGGCCACAUUUGGGCAAGGGACUGGGCGUAUCUGGAUGGAUGACGUGGCCUGCAAGGGGACGGAAGACAGCCUGUUCCAGUGUAGCUUUUCCAACUGGGGGAAAACAAACUGUGGACAUGCUGAGGAUGCAGGAGUGAAAUGCUCAAUGCUCCAAUAAGACAAGUUUGGGAACCAAAGACUGUCCGUUGAGAAGGGUACUAUUGGAUCUCAGAGACUGUUCAACACCGGCAGCCAUCUUUCUUCCUUUCUGCCAGCUGCUGGCCAAGUGGAGCAGUAACUCUCAGGGCUUGCUGUAGCAUCUACUGUGAUCUGGUGACCCUACCAGGGUGAGGUUCUUCUGACCCUUCCUAAAUGAUAUUGCUUCUCUUUCUCACAUGUAGGCCAAAGUUAUGGGAAGCUGUCCCUUAAAGUAUCUGUUCCUGAUAGAACUGCUAGAAUUAUGAGGACAUUGAAUAGCCGGCUAUGAUGAUCCUGUUAGUGCAAGCAGCGUACGAUGCAGCGAGCAAAACAGUAUGACAGUUCUGCAAGGCCUGAAGAUGCACGUGGCAGGGAGCAGCUGAGCACCUAAGGGCAUAACCUCUUUGCUUGGUUGUUGCUUUUUGAUCAUAACAAUAAAAGAAUGGUGUGUUAUUCUGUAAUUAU